AUGGAGAAUGCGGAUAUAGCCGGUGUCCAGGUCUACAAAAGACUGGUGGACAGUCUCUUGGACCGCGCCGCGCAGGUCAAGCUCGACAAGCAGAUCGAACCUCCAUUGACUGAAGCUCACCUGGGCGAGGCGAUCUGGAAACCCUCGCCUGAGGAUGAAGAAGCUAUCAAACACUUGAAUCCGCAAACCAAGCCCGCGGCUGUGGAAAUCGCGUUCCGCGAGAAGUUCUAUCGCCUCUUGGCCUCUACUCCUAUCAACGAUCCUACUUUCAUCCAUAUCUGGAACCUUCUCGAUAUUGUUUCAAUUUUCUCCGAUCAUGAACAAUGCGAACCUGGUCUGAUCUUCUGGCUCAUUGAGGAGCUAUUGGACAGUCAAACAAUUGAUGGUUGCCGCAAAGUCUUUGACUACUUGGAGUCCAGAAGAGAGAGGAAUACCAAGAAACACUUCAAACAGAAAAGCUUGAUUAUCCUACGAUCCUGUAACGAACUUCUUCGUCGGCUUUCACGCGCAGAAGAUACCGUGUUUUGUGGCCGGGUGUUCAUCUACCUCUUCCAAAGUUUCCCGCUUGGAGAUAAAAGCUCAGUCAACCUUCGAGGCGAAUUCCACUCUGAAAAUGUCACUACCUUCGACGAUAUCUCGAAGCACUCCAUGGAGGCCCCUUCGCAAGACACAACGAUGACCGAUGAGACUGAGGCUGCGACGCCCGGAGACGCAGAUAUGGGCCAGACUGAAAGCCCUUCUGAACCAGCAGCUAGAAUCCCCAAGGUUGUUGUUUCUGGUGGAAAUGAGAAAAAGUCAAACAAGAAGGAGGAAGUCGAUUUGGAUGCCCUCUACCCCAUCUUCUGGAGCCUUCAGGCUUAUUUCUCGGCACCAAGCAAAGUGUUCGACUCUGAACGGCUUGCGUCCUUCAAAGCUGGACUGGAAGCGACGCUAUCUGCCUUCAAAAACAUUAAAACGGAAACCGAAAAUCAGAGCGCCGCGCGAGCUUCGGAAGAUGCACGCAAGUCAAACAAGCGCAAGCGCAUUGUGGAUGAUGCUGAAGUCGCCAGCAGCUUUAACCCGAAAUAUCUCACCAGCCGGGAUCUGUUUGAUCUUGAAGUCAGUGACACUGCGUUCAGACGCCAUGUUCUCGUCCAAGCUCUCAUCCUGCUCGACUUUGUCCUUUCUCUCACAACCAAGUCCAAAUCGCGCCUGGCCGAUGCGACAAAUAAAUCGGUUCUCUAUGGAUUUACCCUUAACGAAGAGGAUACCAAAUGGGCAAUUAAUAUGAGAAAGAACAUCGAAGGAUAUCUGCAGCAAGGUCCCGGUGGCAUGUUCUACUACCGCAUGGUGAACACUGUGCUGUCUCGAGACAAGAAUUGGGUGCGGUGGAAAGCUGAAGGAUGUCCAUUGAUUGAAAGACCCGCCAUCUCUGUGGGGGAAUACAAGAAGUCCCGCGAGCAUGCCAUCAAAGCAUAUGCCAACAAACGUCUUCGUCCCUCCCCGAUGGGAUCUUUUGACCUCAAGUUCCUUGCCGAUAGCGAGUCCCUGGCCAACAUUGAACGUCUCAAAGAGGCUGGUCGAUACAAUGUUCCUACCGCAGACUCUUACUUGAAGGGUAUCAUGGACGAUGAAUUGGACCUUGAAAUGGCCAUGACCGAUGAAGAUAAAGAGAUUGCCGUCAACUCCAAGGCCAGCAAAUCAUGGCGGAUUCUUCGUCUCUCUGCCAAAGGCAAACUUGCUGUAUUCGACAAGAUUGCAGAUGGAAAUAAUAUUAAAGCCUUGGGAAGCCCUGCAGCCGAAGGUACUCCACAGCACGGUGAAGAGACGAAUGAACCCAGUACUCGUGACGAGCGGUCUGAUAAUGCCAAGGCUUCUCUUCAAGGCUUGGAUGGGGCCCAAGAUGCGUCCACUGAGAACGAGAACUUAAUUCCCAACGAACAAUCUGACAGGGCCAAGGAAAUGCCCCAGGACACGAAUGGAGCUCAAGACACCUCCGCUGAGAAUCAAGACGUCAUCAGCGAAGCAGAGCAGGACCCAAGCGUUGUACACAACCAAGAUGCACUUGCCGCCUCUAGCGCCUCGAAAGAGGACCCUGCCACCUAA